ACUGAGUAUAUAAGCGGUCGCAGUUGUGUUUACUUUAGUGUUUAAAAUGUUGGUUAUCAGCGUUUCAAUUCUUGUGAUAAUAUCCACAACAUGUGCGUCGGUUUUAUCUACAAAUAAGGAUGAUAAAAGCGAUACAUUCAAUGAAAUACCAUGUUUGAGUAUUGGAGGUAUUUGCAUCCCGGCUGUUGAAUGUCCCAACGGACAUAGAUCUAUCGGCGGCUUGUGUCCGUUGCAGCAGAGAAUGGACAUCGAAUGCUGUCAUUCGUUGCCGUUAUCUGAGAAUAGAUGUCACCGUAGAGGCGGUCUUUGUAUGGAUAAAGAUGUGACCUGUCCAGAAAAACUAUUAUUUAAAGAAGCCCGCGAUUGUGAGUUCAACGAAAAAUGUUGUAUCUUAGUUGAUUAAAUUUUUAUGUUUUAUUGUAUUGAAC